AGAAAUUUUGGGGUAGAAUUCAAGAGCAAUUCAAUAAUCCAAGAUAGGAUUGCUACAGCUGAUGGAUCAGUUGCUACUGAAUACCCAGGCAAGUUCUUGGGGAAGGGAGGGGAGUCUAGGUAUCCUGGAGAAAAUGGACCUUUUGGUUUUUCUCUUUGCUUUUGAGUAUAGUUUAAAGUUCUCCUCUAACUGCAUGACCUUAACUGCGUAACUUGGUUUUUUCAUAAGAUUCUUAUGUGCAGGUCUUCUAAUUGUUUUUCUCUUUGAAAUUCUGUAAAUUUAUCUUGGAAUAAAAUUCAGUCUGACAAAACACUGAUCUUAAAUUAUUGGCAUUAAUAACAGUCUUCGAGAAGCGGACCAAAACAGUUCUGUGAGAGCACUGCUUAAAAACUAAUGUGAGCAGGUCUCAAGAAGUCUGUGGGCAUAGUUUUUACUGAUCCUACAGAGAAUGGCCAGACAGGUUUCAGGUAGAAGUGUUAGAAAAUGUUGUUGCCUCUAGGAACGGCUGCUGCUUGUUGCUAAGGGUCGUAUUGAAGAUAACAACAUGGGACUUGACAUUCGCACCAUUUUUUUGUCACCUGUUUGUUGCACAUGCUGUGCAGAUUUAAAGUUGAAAUUUUGACUAAAUUUAUUCUCUACACAUUUCCCUUGAGGAGUAGGAGCAGUAUUACUGCUAGUAGUACACGUUUCAGUGUGCUGGUAAGCUGGAGGUUCAUUUCUUGGGUAAGUACACUUGGGUGCACUGUUAGGUGAAAUGUCUUUUUAAAAUGUUUUCCUGCUUUUAAAUGUCUUAUCAAAAAAUGAUGUUCUGUUUUUUAAGUCUUCUUAAAGUUUGCCUUGUUUCAUGUAAUAUGAAUAACAAUGAACGUUUCUGUGGUAUUGUUUUCUUUGUAAUAUUUUAUAAUUGUCUUUUUUAUAAAAUACGUGAACAUACUUUGGUAAUUAACAAUAAAUUAUGAUUAAGGUUUUAACAGCACUAGCUUUUCCCAAGAAGAGCUUCUGUCAUUGCUUCACUACAGGGCUUGAGGAGCUGCUUUUAUCUUUAGCAAAGAACUUGCAGCAGGGUUACCCCUAAUUUCUGUAGCGUAAUGGUUUCAAUUUGUCUCAGCCAGACUGCUGAAAGAGAGCCAGAGGGGAAAGGAGAAAACACACCAGCUUGAUUAUGUUGGGGGCUACUGCUGCAAUUGAUGCUUGAUAUGGGUAACUUAAAAUUAUCUAUAGACAGUUGCCCAUUUACAGACAACCUUAUUCAUUUUUCUGAAUAAGGCCCAAUUCAUUUUUGUUUCUACCAUUGGCAUGAGAAUAAGUCGUUACCAUCCCUCCUCCCUGUUUUUAAAAAUGGCAUGCCUCAGGGAUAUGCCUAUGCUGUCUCCUCAUAAGUAUCAGUGCUUUCUUGUAUUGUUACACCCUUUCAGUCGCCUGAAGGUGAGAACAGAGAUCAGGAAAAGCACUUGACUUGACCUCAUGUAUUGGAGGAAAAUUAUAAAAGUGGAGUUAAACACUAUAUUAAACUUCAAACAUUUUAAUUGAAUGUCUAUGAUCUUGAAAGGCCAGCAAAUGGCUGUGGCUUUGCUGAUGAACGUUGUGAUGGUUAUAACUGGAAAGGAGUUGUUCCAGAUUUCCUGUGUGGACUCUUUUGCUUUGGUUGGGAUUUUUUUUUCUGGUAUCAGAUCCUUCAAGGGUCUUCCUCUUUUUUUAUUUUGAUACAUUUUGCAUCUGGCACAGAAUCUAAACCUAUAACCUGGUAAGUCAGCUGCAUGUGUCAGACUGCCUUAUAAUAACCAUCAGAAUGUAAAGGUGAUAUAUUAUUUAGCUCCAAUAAAUACUUGCUACUAUUUGAUCAGCUACCAAAACUUUCAAGUUCUGGUGGAGGAGCAAAGAGGUUUCUUCAUUACUAAACAUAAUCGGUUUAACUCCAGGUCUGAACAAUGUACCUGUUUGCUACUGUUCAGAGCUAUUCCCAUUUGGGAGAUGGGGAAACUUGCUAUUUUAGUGGAGCACAGCUUGACAGUUUGGUCAGUUACUGGAGGGGGGAGUGGUAAGCUGUGGGAGGUAAGUUUUCCAGUUUCCCCGUUGGCUCCAGCUGCAGCCUGCCCCGUGCUGUGGCGCGCUGGCUGCAGCAGGGACGCCGGCACUGCAGUGGGACCAGUGACAGAAGCUGUUCUUCAGCAUUUUCAGGAUGGCUGUUUUCUGCGUCAGGAUGAGGCUUUCCUGCUGGCCAGAGCCACCGCCAAGAGCAAAGGUAAGGUAAUGUUUAUUCCAUGGGAAUGCUUAAGACAGCCGAGCAGCUUGUACCAACCACUACGGUAAUAGCCACAGGAGCUCUUUUUCCCCCUUAGCUUAGUGUAUAUGCUGUAAUGUUUUUGUUUUGUAAAUAACUUUAUGCUGGAUUCUUUUCAUUAAACUAAUAUGAACUUGAAUAGUACUUGUUCAGAUGUAAAUGUUAAUUUUCUGUGACUUUUUUCCCCUCCCUUUUCAAAAUUCUUUAAUCUGCUGUUUCCUCUUUUCUUUCUUCCGGAACAAAAAUAAAUUGGGUUAUAAUGUAAGCUGGUCUCUAUUUCAUCAUGGGAGAAUCUAUAAAACAGUGCUGCAAAAUUGCACUAAAGUUUUGGGAGGAAUGAGACCCCAGGAAACAUCUGCUAUCUUUAUACAUCCUCUCUUGGAGACUUUCAGCAAUGCUGUGGUGUGUGAGAAAAUGCUUGCAGUCUGCGACCAGGCUGAGUUACAGCUCGUGAGGAAAAAGGGGGAUUUUCACCCCAAUUGCUCAGUGACUCAGUUGCAUAUGUUGGAUUGAAUAUUGGAAAAAGAAGUCAGUAAUCUCCACAGUAACUGCAGACCAACUGUAUGCAAUUGUGAUCCAAACAGUCCAUGUAAAAUUAAAUCAAAUCAGGAGAAAGUUGGAAUGCAACAGAUCUGUGAAUGUGAGCUCCUCACAUUUGUUCAGUGAUCGGUAUGUAAAUUUUCUCAGUGGUCAUUCUAGAACCUGAUGGACAUCUGGCUUUAAUUCACACCUGUGAAAGAGCAAAAUUAUUUACAGCAUGUUUCCUUGGUUCUGAUGUGCAGAAUUAUUUUCCUCUGAACAGAUGAAUUUGAUCUCCAUUUUUUUUUUUUUUUGUUAUUUGGUGCUGGGCUGUAGCUAUCAAAACCUUUGCUGGAGUUGUGGGGUUUUGUUUUCUUUUUUCUCUUCAAACUAUACAGAACUCCUACUUGCAAAACAUGAUUUAGCCAAGAGGACUUCAACGGACUAUGAUGUGAAAGGCUUCUCAAAUAUUUUCUUUGGUCUCAGGUUUUUUUUGUUGAUUUUUCUUGUGGGCAAAGGUAAUUCUCUACUCUGUACUAGAAAGCACCAGUAUCUUUAAGCAUCAUUUGUUGAAAAGCUCUUUAGGAAGUCUCUUGCUGUCUGUGAAGCCUUAUUGUAGGAUACUUUUGAAAUCAGAUUUCAGAAUUUGUGCAGCCUCAGAAGCCUCCUCUGUUGGUACCUUCAAGCUUGACUUCUUUUGGACUCCGUGAACAAAUACCCAUUCUAGUUUUGUAUCUUUAUAAUUUUGUGUAUAGAUUUAAAUCUAAAUUGUUAGAAGCUAAGACUGACUGUUAGAUAUUAGCUCUUUAUAAUUAUCCUGUAUGUGCAGACUGUAUGUUUAUACAAUGGUCUACCUGUUGUAUAGUGUUUUUGAGAUGUUACCAUUUAAGAUGACUCUUCAUUUCAAAUAAAAGCCUAUUGUUUCGCAGUUAAUAAUAUUUAAUGCUGGUGGUUGUGAAUUGUAUGAUGUUAUAUUGCCAUUGGACCACAAAGAGCUGGAGUUGGGAAUUGGUGGUUCUGGGGGCUGUCCUCUUUCUGCAGGUGAUGUUUGAAAUGUGAUUCCUGAGGUAAAGUGUUUAUGUUUUUGGGGGAAGAGGGUAUGGGGGGGGAUUGAAUGGUUAAUUUUUUCGUCUUUUUUUUUUUUCUCCCUAUCCCCAAUGAUUUGUGGUAUUGCGUACCUUGUGCUUUCUGCUUGUUUUUUUCUUUACUAUUAAACUGCUGAUGUUUAUUUCCAGGAAUGUUUUGCAAAUGUCCUUCUCACUCUUCCCCUCUACAACUGUAGGCAUUCGUUGUGAAACACCUCUUGGAGUAUACCCAGCAGAGUGAGUCCAACCUGCAGUACAGCUUGUUUUUAGUUUUUGGCAUCUUUAUGACGGAAGUGGUGCGAUCGUGGUCCCUGGCACUAACCUGGGCGCUGAACUAUCGCACGGGGGUCAGACUGCGCGGGGCUGUCCUGACAAUGGCGUUCAAGAAAAUCCUUAAGCUGAAGAACAUCAAGGAGAAGUCUCUUGGAGAGCUCAUAAAUGUUUGUUCCAAUGAUGGUCAGAGGAUGUUUGAAGCUGCAGCAGUUGGCAGUUUGUUGGCUGGGGGCCCUAUCGUGGCCAUCUUGGGAAUGGUUUAUAAUGUGAUUAUUCUGGGUCCAACAGGCUUCUUGGGAUCUGCUGUCUUCAUUCUCUUCUACCCAGCAAUGAUGUUUGUGUCGCGCCUCACAGCUUAUUUCAGAAGAAAAUGUGUAGCAACAACAGAUGAACGUGUGCAAAAGAUGAAUGAAGUUCUUAAUUACAUUAAAUUCAUUAAAAUGUAUGCCUGGGUCAAACCGUUUUCUCAGAAUGUUCAAAAAAUUCGUGAGGAGGAGCGCAAAAUCUUGGAGCGUGCAGGCUACUUCCAGAGCAUCACUGUGGGAGUGGCUCCCAUUGUUGUUGUCAUUGCCAGUGUGGUGACCUUUUCUGUCCAUAUGAUCCUUGGCUACGACCUUACAGCAGCUCAGGCAUUCACAGUGGUCACUGUCUUUAACUCAAUGACUUUUGCUCUCAAAGUAACUCCGUUCUCAGUGAAGUCUCUGUCUGAGGCAUCUGUUUCUGUUGACAGAUUUAAGAGUUUAUUUCUAAUGGAAGAGGUUCAUAUGAUAAAGAAAAAACCAGCCAAUCCUCACACCGCGAUAGAGGUGAAAAAUGCUACCUUGGCUUGGGACUUCUCCCACGCCAGCGUCCAGAGCUCACCAAAGCUGACCCCCAAAGUGAAAAAAGACAAGAAAGUCACCAAGAGCAAGAAAGAGAAAAUGAAGCUACAGAAUGAGGGACAGCAAGCUGUGCUGGCAGAGCAGAAGGGCCAUCUUCUAGUGGACAGUGAUGACCAUCACAGCCCUGAAGAGGAGCACAAAAUCAUCCACCUGGUUAGCCUUCGGCUUCAGAGGACUCUGUACAACAUUGACUUGGAGAUAGAAAAGGGAAAACUUGUUGGAAUUUGUGGCAGUGUCGGGAGCGGAAAAACUUCACUCAUCUCAGCAAUUUUAGGACAGAUGACCCUGCUGGAGGGCAGCAUCGCAGUGAGCGGGACCUUCGCGUACGUGGCCCAGCAGGCCUGGAUCCUCAACGCCACUCUGCGGGACAACAUCCUCUUUGGCAAGGAGUAUGAUGAGGAAAGAUACAAUACGGUGCUGAAUGGUUGCUGUCUAAGGCCUGACCUGGCCAUCCUUCCAAAUGGGGACCUGACAGAGAUUGGUGAACGAGGGGCUAACCUGAGUGGGGGACAGCGUCAGAGAAUCAGUCUGGCUCGAGCCCUGUACAGUGACAGGGACAUUUACAUCCUCGAUGACCCCCUUAGUGCCUUAGAUGCUCACGUUGGAAAUCACAUUUUUAACAGUGCAAUAAGGAAGCACCUGAAGUCAAAGACUGUCCUUUUCAUCACACAUCAGCUUCAGUAUCUUGUUGACUGUGAUGAAGUGAUCUUCAUGAAAGAAGGCUGCAUUACCGAGCGAGGCAGUCAUGAGGAGCUGAUGAAUUUAAAUGGGGAUUAUGCAACUAUUUUUAAUAGCCUACAGCUGGGAGACACACCACAUAUUGAGAUUAACAUAAAGAAGAACACAAACAAUUCAUUGAAGAGGCCCCAGGAUAAAAGUACCAAAACAGGGUCUGUGAAGAAGGAGAAGGUUGUAAAGAAGGAAGAAGAGGGCCAGUUGGUCCAGUUGGAAGAGAAAGGCAAAGGCUCUGUGCCCUGGUCUGUUUAUGGUGUCUACAUUCAGGCAGCUGGAGGCCCCUUUGCAUUCCUCAUCAUCAUGGCACUGUUUGUGCUAAAUGUGGGCAGCACAGCUUUUAGCAACUGGUGGCUGAGUUUCUGGAUCAAGCAAGGCAGUGGAAACACCACAGUGACUUUGGGAAAUGAGACUGUCAUAAGCAACAGUAUGAAAGAUAACCCUCACAUGCAUUACUAUGCUGGCAUCUAUGCACUGUCUAUGGCAGUUAUGUUGAUCCUGAAAGCUGUUCGUGGGGUGGUGUUUGUAAAGGGGACUCUCAGAGCAUCCUCAAGGCUCCAUGAUGAGCUCUUCCGACGGAUUCUGCGUAGCCCCAUGAAGUUCUUUGACACUACACCCACUGGGAGGAUCCUCAACAGGUUUUCCAAGGACAUGGAUGAAGUUGAUGUUCGUUUGCCGUUUCAAGCGGAAAUGUUCAUCCAGAAUGUCAUCCUUGUGUUCUUCUGUGUGGGGGUGAUUUCUGGGGUUUUCCCCUGGUUCCUGGUGGCAGUGGGGCCCCUCAUUGUCCUGUUCACAGUUCUGCAUGUUGUGUCUAGAGUCUUUAUUCGAGAGCUCAAGCGUCUGGACAACAUCACACAGUCUCCAUUCUUGUCUCACAUUACAUCUAGCAUCCAGGGCCUCUCCACAAUCCAUGCCUACCACAAAGGACAGGAAUUUCUGCACAGGUACCAGGAGCUGCUGGAUGACAACCAGGCCCCGUUUUACCUGUUCAGCUGCGCGAUGCGCUGGCUGGCCGUGCGCCUGGACAUCAUCAGCAUUGCUCUGAUCACAACCACUGGCCUUAUGAUUGUCCUGAUGCAUGGCCAGAUCCCUCCUGCCUAUGCUGGGCUGGCCAUCUCCUAUGCUGUGCAGUUAACAGGGUUAUUCCAGUUUACAGUCAGACUGGCUUCAGAGACAGAAGCUCGUUUCACCUCAGUGGAGAGGAUUGACCACUAUAUCAAGACGCUUUCCCUGGAAGCUCCUGCUCGAAUUAAGAACAAAACUCCUCCUCUGGACUGGCCACAGGAAGGUGAAGUUGUUUUUGAAAAUGCAGAGAUGCGGUACCGAGAGAACCUCCCUCUAGUACUUAAAAAAGUGUCUUUUACCAUCAAACCGAAGGAGAAGAUUGGCAUUGUGGGGAGGACAGGCUCAGGGAAGUCUUCCCUUGGAAUGGCACUCUUUCGUCUCGUUGAACUGUCUGGAGGCUGCAUUAAAAUUGAUGGAGUGAAAAUAAAUGACAUUGGCUUGGCAGAUCUUCGGAGCAAACUCUCCAUAAUCCCUCAGGAGCCUGUGCUGUUCAGUGGCACUGUGAGAUCAAACUUGGACCCUUUCAAUCAGUACAGUGAGGAACAAAUCUGGGCUGCUUUGGAAAGGACUCACAUGAAGGAGUGUGUUGCACAGUUGCCUAUGAAACUUGAUUCAGAAGUGAUGGAAAAUGGGGAGAACUUUUCUGUUGGAGAGAGACAGUUACUGUGUAUAGCUAGAGCUCUGCUGCGUCGUUGCAAGAUACUGAUCCUGGAUGAAGCAACAGCUGCUAUGGACACAGAGACAGACUUACUGAUCCAGGAGACCAUCAGAGAGGCGUUUGCAGACUGCACUAUGUUAACAAUCGCUCAUCGCCUGCACACGGUCCUGGGCUGCGAUCGGAUCAUGGUGCUAACACAGGGACAGGUAGUGGAAUUCGACACCCCGACUGCCCUUCUGGCCAACGAGAACUCGCGCUUCUAUGCUAUGUUUGCUGCUGCAGAGAACAAGGCUGGGACUUCCUCUUCCCUUCCCGAUGCCAGCAGUGGCUCUUGUGUGGUCCAGUUCAGAAAGCUAAGUUGCAGAAAGCAGGAAUGCUGUACAAAGGAGGAGACAGGAAGGCACAACCCACAGGAAGGGAGGUGAAGUGGGGCUGCUCUUCUCAGCAGGUGCUGGCUGUAACAGUAGCGUAGGUGUGAGAGGGAAUGCUCGGUGUUCGCUGCCCAAACUGCUGCUCCCCAGUUACACUCUGCUUAAGAGCUGAACCUUUGCUGCAGCUUUGGCCAGCUGAAACAGCUCAGCAAGGUGUCAGACAAGGGUCUGUGGUGGAGCGGGAAUAGAACAGUCACAUGUGAAUAGCAGGGAUUAGCUCAACCAUUUUGUUAAACCUUGGCUGCAACACUGUUACUUUGGAAUUAAAGAUGGAGACUGACAGAAGGAAAUG